GCACUUCCAUGUUUCAUCAAGUGGCUUGCCACCUUCGAGUGAGCCCAAACUGAAUGAAGUCAGUCGAGUUACGCCUCGGGCAACCGCUUACUCGGUUUCUGGUCCCCUGUUAUCAUUUGGAAUCUGCUCGGUUCCUUCAAACAACUUCGAAUCUUGAGCAAAUAGAAUCCGGACACCGGGCGCUGACGGCAUUCACCAUGAAAAGACCCCUGGCAGACUCUACCCAACGUCCUCGCUUCAGCUCAAUGUUGAGCCAAAACAACCCAAGAUGCUCAGUAUAAAAGCCUACCGUUCUAUGAGCUUUCUUUUGUCGAUUACUCGUCUCAUUCAAGUCGAAUCAUCUUACUAGCGACCUACAUCUUAUACAAUGUCUUUCACCAAAAAUGGAGUGUAUACUGUCAGAAAUAUCGGCAAAGACCUCAUGCUCGAUCUGAAGGACGACAGCACCGUUGAAGGCAACUCGAUCCAAGGCUACACCAAAAAUGGCACCGAGGCUCAAAUGUGGAUGAUCAAGAAACAAACCGAGCCAAAGAACUCCGACAACACUUUCACCAUUCAGACCUACAACAAGGGCUACAAUGGCAAUGGAUUCUUCACCACUGUCAAGGAGGGUGUGAAUGAACCAGUCGUUUAUGACAGGUCCGCGUUUCUCGUCGAACUUGUUCAAGGCGUGAAUGAGACUUAUAGGAUUAGUUUCACUCUCGGGAACCCAGACCUGGUGCUAUCCCUUCCGGACGAUGACAACUUAGUGAAACUGGCGAAUUUCAACUCAGCGGAUGCCUACCAGCAGUGGGUACUCACCCCUGUCAACUAGGCACCGCCUUGCAGAG